AUCCAGCUGUGUAUGAAGUCAUCACUUUUGCUAAUGGCAAAAUUCUACACGAAGCUACGUUCGUGUAGAUCGCAAAGUACCCCAGGGCAACAAUGCCUCCCUAUAGAAGUUUUAUUCCUUGGAGAAUGUGGUGCUGGAAAAAGUUCUACAAUAAACAACAUUCUGGGAAUGAAAGCAAGUAAAGAAGGCAAAACGUUUUGUCGUGACGGGAUGACAAAGGAUAUAAUUCCUUGUUAUGGAAAAUGCCCACCAGGUCUCAUGCCAGUACAUGCAUCAGACGCAGAUCAGAAAAGAAAUAAUCCAGAAAACGAUAACUACAAGGAAGGUAAAGAAGAGUCUUCUGUGAAUAAAAACUCAAUCAUUCUAUAUGACACACCAGUUUUUUGCAAAGUUCUUCCUUUAAUUCAAAAAGAAAGGAAAAAGUUCCACGCUGUAGCUCUUGUGUUUCCAAUGACAAGAUAUACAGAAGACAGAAAAAAAUUUUUACAAAAUGUUUACGACGCUUUUGGUCAGAAGCUUUUUAAACAUGUCAUCAUAAUUUUCACAAAACCCGAAGAUCUUGAGAAAGAUGUAGAAGAUGAGAUUGCUGAUGUUGCAAAUGAAGACAAAUUAUUCGAAAAAUAUUUAUCGGAAUCAGGAAACAGAUACAUUGUGUGGUUUAGAGAUCAAGACAAAAGAAAGGAAUUGCUAGAGGAUUUUUAUAAGAAAUUGAAAGAUGUGCUCAGUCAGGAAAACAGACUAAUAACCACGAAAAAAAAAUCUCGCGUGUGUUUAUUUGUAGUUACCUGUACUCUUUCACUUCUUUUUUCUUGUUCUAUCUUUCUUUUGUUAUAUUUCUAUAUGUAAUGGAUAUAUUAUUUCUUUGCUUUCUCAGACAUUACCACUUCCUUUUUUUGAGCUUGAAUUGAGGUGUAAUACUGCUGGAAAAAAGGCAAAACUAUUUGGUCAGGAAUAGGAAAUUUUGAACGCUUCAAUCAGAAAUAUUAGUUCUUAAACAUUGUAUUGUAAAGAAAAAUUUUUCAUAGUUUCUUGUCAUCUGUUUUACAAUGAUUUUUUUUAUCGUAGGUUUAUUGAUGUGACAAAUCAGUUAUGAUAUAUAUUAUGACCCGGUCCAAACAAGACAGAAUGUACUUUUCUCAUGUAAAUUUAUAAUACAGUGUAUUAACCUCUUUGCUCUGAUAAAAUAAUGUGAUUUAUUCCAAAAAUAUAUUUACAUGUGCUUUUUAAGGAAUGAAUCUAAUUCAUGGCAAACGUAUUCGAGUAU